CAAUGUGAUCCCAAUCCAUGUCUUUUUAACGGAACAUGUCUUGAAGUUCCAUUGCCUCCUUAUUUCUUUUGCAUAUGUGUUGACGAUAGAAAAGGCGAACUUUGCGAUAUUGACCGAUGCCAGGCAAAUCCAUGCAAUGAUACUCAAGUUUGUCAGACGUCUGGAUCCGAUGUUUGUAUUCCCAAUCCUUGUGCAUCAGAGCCUUGCCAAAAUAUGGGAAGCUGUCACUCAUUCGAUAACAACACCAGAUAUAACUGUUCCUGUAGGAACGGAUUCAGUGGAAAUCUUUGUGAAAAAAGAAAUAGGCCAUGUCAUCCCAAUCCAUGUCUUUUUAACGGAACAUGUCUUGAAGUUCCAUUGCCUCCUUAUUUCUUUUGCAUGUGUGUUGACGAUAGAAAAGGCGAACUUUGCGAUAUUGACCGAUGCCAGGCAAAUCCAUGCAAUGAUACUCAAGUUUGUCAGACGUCUGGAUGUUUGUAUUCCCACAUUACCAGCCAUUCGUGAUGAAAUCCUUGUGCAUCAGAGCCUUGCCAAAAUAUGGGAAGCUGUCACUCAUUCGAUAAUAACACCAGAUAUAACUGUUCCUGUAGGAACGGAUUCAGUGGAAAUCUUUGUGAAAAAAGUAUUCUGCGCUUUUAUACUAAAAUCAAGCAAAUAA